CCAUUACCCCCUAACCUAACAAUCUCCUUAACCCCUCACUCCACUCUCCCACACUCCACUUCCACUAUGCAUUUCCCUCUUUCCCUCCCCCUCCUCCUCCUCCUCCUCUCCGCAGCCGCAGCCACAUCCCCUCCGCCGCCCUCCUCCGAUCUCCUCCGCUCCUCAUGCGUCCACGCCAGGUACCCACAUCUCUGCCUCCGCACUCUCUCAGCAUACGCCCACCCCGCCAUCACCCCCAAGGGCCUCGCCCAGGCCGCCCUCUCCGUCAGCCUCGAUCACGCUCGCCAUCUCUCCCGCUUCCUUCACUCCCACACCUCCUCCCUGUCCAAGCGUUCCCGCCGCCGCCAAUCCGCUCUCCGUGACUGCGCCGAGCAGAUGUCUGACUCCGUCGACCAGCUCAGCAGGAGCCUCCACGAGCUCAAGCACCUCCGCGAGUCCACAUUUCGCCUGCAGAUGAGCAACGCCCAGACCUGGGUGAGCGCCGCCAUGACCGACGACGACACCUGCCUCGACGGGUUGGGACCCGUCCACGACCGCGUCGUCGGCAAGAUAAAGCGCAAGAUCAACCGAGUGUCCAGGGUCACCAGCAACGCCCUCUAUAUGAUCAACCGCCUCUGUGACGGCCGUCGAAUGGAUAAGUCCGAACCCUCCGUUUAACUCUUCCUGAGUGAUGAUGCCAUUUUUUUACCUCUUGCUUAUCUGAUGAUAUCAUCCUAUAUAUAUAUAUAUAAUAUAAUUUAAUCGUUGCUGCUGCUGCUAGUUAUGAUAUGGAAAUAAUGUACAAUUGCUAUGUUCUAUUUAUGUCUCAAUCACGUAUAGAUA